AUGACCCUGGUGCGACAAGAACUUGGUCACAGUUGCACACAUUUUGUCUUUCAGGUCAAGGUAACAUCCCAUAUCGUAUGGCGCCAACCUGAGCCAUCUGAGCCAACUGAAUUCUGUCCGACUGAUGAACAACCUGAGCCAUCAGAGCCAUCUGAAUUCUGUCCGACUGAUGAACAACCUGAGCCAUCAGAGCCAACUGAAUUCUGUCCGACUGAUGAACAACCUGAGCCAUCUGAAUUCUGUCCGACUGAUGAACAACCUGAGCCAUCUGAGCCAUCUGAAUUCUGUCCGACUGAUGAACAACCAGAGCCAUCUGAGCCAUCUAAAUUCUGUCCGACUAAUGAACAACCAGAGCCAUCAGAGCCAACUGAAUUCUGUCCGACUGAUGAACAACAUGAGCCAACUGAAUUCUGUCCGACUAAUGAACAACCUGAGCCAUCUGAGCCAACUGAAUUCUGUCCGACUGAUGAACAACAUGAGCCAACUGAAUUCUGUCCGACUAAUGAACAACCUGAGCCAUCUGAGCCAACUGAAUUCUGUCCGACUGAUGAACAACCUGAGCCAUCGGAGCCAACUGAAUUCUGUCCGACUGAUGAACAACCUGAGCCAUCGGAGCCAACUGAAUUCUGUCCGACUGAUGAACAACAUGAGCCAUCAGAGCCAACUGAAUUCUGUCCGACUGAUGAACAACCUGAGCCAUCGGAGCCAACUGAAUUCUGUCCGACUGAUGAACAACAUGAGCCAUCAGAGCCAACUGAAUUCUGUCCGACUGAUGAACAACCUGAGCCAUCGGAGCCAACUGAAUUCUGUCCGACUGAUGAACAACCUGAGCCAUCUGUCAUUGGCCUGAUUUACUCUCCAAGAAAGACCGAGGUAUAUCAGGCAACAAGUCUAUAA